AUGGUAUCACAGGAAGAGAAAGAUCCAUCGUUACAGCAGAGGAAAUCAUCUUCGAAACAGCCUGUCUCUGCACCCAGAAAGGCACCUGGUCUGAAUUCUCAGUAUGAAGGAAAAUCUGGUAGAUCUUUCUAUGUAGACUUUGAGGAACGGCUUGAAACCAUUAGAAGAUGUUGGAGCAGCAAGUGGAGUUCCACAGAGGCAACAAACGUUGGAAGAGAUGACUUUGGAGGAGUUCUUGGUCAGAGCUGGUGUGCAUCACUCACAGUUUUCACUGGAAAUUCCUCUGGAACCACCAUCACUGACCGCCUCACACCACAUAUUGUCCAGAGACACAAAGCCAACAUUGCUCCCAACGCUCCACACACUGCACUCAAGAACAAAACACCAAGCAUCUCCCAUACACACUCGUUUCUCUCAACACCCUCUUCCUCCUCCGUGGAACUGUCAGCCUCCAUAGCUUCAUACGGUUGA